AUGAUGGUGACUGAGGGAGAGCCCCUUGCCAAGCAGCCCCGGCCCGGAGAAUGGCUCUGCUCCAUGGCUGCGGUCGCCGCUUCUGCCGUUGACCUGCGGGCACGCGAGCCCCUGUUCCCGACCCGCAAGCAGCGGGAGUUCAUCCCGGACAACAAGAAGGACGACACCUACUGGGACAGGCGCAGACGGAACAACGAAGCCGCCAAGAGGUCCCGCGAGAAGCGGCGCCUCAACGACAUGGUUCUCGAGACGCGGGUCCUGGAGCUCGCCAAGGAGAACGCGGUGCUGCGCGCUGAACUCGCCGCCCUCCGAGACAAGUUCGGCAUCCGGGGUUCCCUGGUCAUGGAACAGCAUCACCACCAGCAACAGCAGCAGCAGCAGCAGCAGAACCACCACCACGACUCCGGAGGCCACGGGCCUCCUCAGCCGCUGACGGACCUCCGGGGCCGCCGCAACAAGCUGCUGUCCGCACUCCUGCCGGCCCUGGUUCCGCCAUCCCCGCAGACGCCUCCGCAGCUACCGCUGCCCCCGUACAUCGCACCCCCUCAGCAACCCCCGAUGCUGCUCGCCCCGAACGCCGCGAUAGAAGACCCCAGGGCCCCCGGAACGGACCAGGAAUCUUCGCCCUUGUCCUCCGGUUCCUGGUCGUCCGCUGAAGACAGUCCGCCGGCGCACCACUUCAGCCUACCGCACAAGCUACGUCACAAGUGGCACAUCAGCGGUACCGACGUCCCGCCGGUCCCCAACGGUGUCGUGGUCGCCACGGCGGGCGGGGGGUCCUCGUCGCCGGAGCUGAGGUCGUCCUUCCACACCAGGGAGGACACGGCGUCUUCGGACGGCGACAGCGGAGCAUCGAGUACGGACGCGCCUUCCCCUCGUCGCGAGGAGCACCGCAAGAGCCGAAACGGCGGUCCUGGCAACCACCGGUCGGCACACUCCAGGCUAGACCUGCAGACAGAGAACUUCCAGCUGCGGUCCGAGAUGCAGCGGCUGGCCGCCGAGGUGGCCAACCUCAGGGAUCUGAUGAUGAGUGGUCCGCCGCCGUCGUCCCAUCCGCACCAUCCGCACGCCGCCCAUCUUCACCAUCUGCAGGAUGUGCAUCCGCAAGACCAGCAGCAUCUUCAGCAACUUCAGCAGCAUCAGUCGACCCUCCUGCAGCACAGCCACCACCAUAGGAUCGAAGACGGCGGUGGUGCCUUGUCUGGUCGAGAGGACAACCCGAGUCAUUGA